UUUUGUAAACAUUGCGAUGAUGAUGAUGCUGCUGUUGUUGAUGAUGCCUAUAAUCUCCUCCCCACAGCAAAAAACCAAAUAAUUUAUCUUUUUCUCGAUCUCCAAGACUCCAAUUUUCAAAACUCUUGAGAACAGAACAGUAUGGAGAAGAGAUGUGGGUGUUGGUCAGUGUUCAGGUGCGGUUUCAGAAGGAACUGUAAAUCUUCUCCAAACAAAGACUCUGCGAAUCCCAUCCCCAGAACAAGUCUUGUUUAUGAUGCAGGUAUAGAGACAAGAUACCUAAAUGCAAGUAACAGGGAGAUGUGUGUUCCUGGUGAAACUAAUAAUAGUUCUUCUGAUAACACCAAUAAUAUUCCAGAGCAAGUGGGAAGCAGAGCUCCUUGCAAGCUUCUCGAGUUUACUUAUCAGGAGCUCAAAUCUGCAACUGGGAAUUUCAGACCCGAUAGCAUUCUUGGGGAGGGUGGUUUUGGGUAUGUAUUCAAAGGUUGGAUUGAUGAAAAUGGGACUGGUCCUGCAAAGCCUGGUUCGGGGAUCACAGUUGCUGUUAAGAGCUUGAAGCCUGAUGGCCUUCAAGGUCAUAGAGAAUGGGUGGCUGAAGUUGACUUCCUUGGACAGCUCCAUCAUCCUAAUCUUGUGAAACUCAUUGGGUACUGCAUUGAGGAUGAUCAACGGCUACUUGUCUAUGAAUUCAUGACUCGUGGAAGUCUUGAAAACCAUCUUUUCAGAAGAAGUAUACCACUAUCUUGGUUCAACAGGAUGAAAAUUGCACUUGGUGCAGCAAAAGGCUUAGCAUUUCUUCAUGGAGGUCCUGAACCUGUUAUUUACAGAGACUUCAAGACAUCAAACAUUUUGCUUGAUUCUGAAUAUAAUGCAAAGCUGUCCGACUUCGGUCUUGCAAAAGCUGGACCUCAGGGUGACAAUACACACGUCUCCACUAGGAUUGUCGGGACAUAUGGUUACGCUGCUCCAGAAUAUGUAAUGACAGGUCACUUGACUUCAAAGAGCGAUGUCUACAGCUUCGGGGUUGUGCUUCUUGAGAUUCUAACCGGAAAAAGAUCUAUGGAUAAAAAACGUCCUAGUGGGGAGCAAAAUCUUGUGACUUGGGCUAAGCCACAACUUACUGAUAAAAGAAGAAUCUAUCAAAUAGUAGACCCUCGGUUAGAGCUACAUUACUCACUUAAAGGAUCUCAGAAAGUUGCUCAGCUGGCUCUCAGCUGCCUCAGCCGCGACUUAAAGUCGCGCCCUUCCAUGGAGGAAGUUGUGAAGGUUCUUACUUCAGUCCUAGACCUCAAUGACUUUGCCAUCUCGUCCUAUCACUCUCGACAGGCUCAUCAGACUAUUAGGCGCAAGAAGAAACCCAACUAUAAUAAUCAAGCCAGGACAAUUCGUGAUUCUCCAGUCACUGCCAAGCAGCAUUGUCGAUAAUCAAGAUCCCAAAACUUGUUACAAGUUUGCUUACUAUAUAUAUAUGUGUAUAUUUGGUUUGAGUGUGAAGAAGAUUGGUAUUUGGAGUAACAUUGUGACUAACUAUAGACGAGGAGGAUGAUCUGCUCAGUCUUUUACAAUUUGUCCAAGAUGAUUGUGGAUAUUAAUUUUCACAUUAUUAUGAAAACAUGCAUUUUGUGA